CUCAGCGAAAGCCAGCCCAGCCUCAUGAUAACGGUCACUGCUAGUCGUAGACCAAUGAAAGGAAAACGUUUUUAGUGGUCAGCCGGCUUCAGGACUCAGCCACAGACAUGCGCUGGGCCAUGGGUGGGGAGGCGCCAUAUGUGGUGCCUAGAUUCUGUUUGAGUGGGAGCCAGUGUUGCCUGAGGGUGGUCGUCGAAUGCUUAUUAGCGCUGACGAGCAUUGCCAUUAGGCCAUGCCACCCCAUGCUAUGCGCCUUUCAUGCGCAGCCAGGUAUGGAUCGCGACGAACGUGUUUUGAUGCUGGAGGUUAUCAACGGCACGGACCUCCUCAUUCCAUCUCACCGAAUCCCCGCUGGCCUUUAUGUGUCUGUCUCCACCUCCUCUGGCCAGUGGAAUACCACCAUCAAGGCUCCGAUGGCCGACUGCAGCGUUGCUUGGAAUGAGACCUUUAUAAUAUGCGCGCGCCCGGUGAAGUCUUUUUGGUGGCCAAUGGCCUUCUUCUCCAGUACCUCGACGGAGGUCCAUUUCGAAAUUCGUGCCUCGUUUGAGAUUGAGCGAACACUCGGUCAAGGCCAGGUUGUGGGUACGGUUAAUACGACUAUAGAAAAGUUGCUCGAGCAAGACGAACAUUUCCGUGAGUGCUCACUAUCCCUGAUGAUGGCAUCUUCUUACAGUAGCGAUUGAGUUUCAUUCCCGGUCAUUAAUAAUCAGCACCCAUCACUGUUAUUGAGAACGCGACGUGCGGAGACACUGCAGCUUACUGGACACACUGCAGACAGUCCCCUAGAGAGUGAGAUUAGUCGCGUCACUGAAGCAGCACACGAGGCGUACGCUCUCUACUCGAAGACCAACCAUCGGAACGAUCUCGAUCGCACUAUUCAGGGCUUUCAAGCAGUGC